AUGUGGGCUACGGACGAGAAGAAGAGCAGAGACUGUACUCAUAGGGAAGAUGAUAUUAUGCAGGGAGAAGAGCAGGAGGAAGAAAAUUAUCAGGUGGGUUUAGGACCACAACUGGAGAUCCUGGAUGUGCUGGCGGUAUCUGACACUGAUGAUGAAGAAGAACCGACACGUGAGGCCCUCUUCGCUGCCUGUCGAAACAAUAAUUCAGAGGUGGUGCAGGGGCUGCUGAGGGCCGACGCUGACCUGACUCUGUGUAACCACAGAGAGCAGACAGCGCUCCACAUCAGCCCAGCUGUGCUCCAGGAGAAAAUGGUGAGGUGGAUGAAGAGGCCCCAUUUGUCCCCACAGAUGCAACUACUGCAGGCUGCCUGGCAGGGAGACCUUGGCUCUGUGAGGCAACUGUUGACUCAGACUGACGGCGUGGAUGUUAACAUUCCCAACAGUGAUGGCGUAACAGCGGUGAUGCUCGCCGUCAGAGACGUAGACCUGUUUGAGGGCAUGGCAACCUGGUUACCAUGGGAACACAACCCUGUGGAGGUGGUCAAAGAGCUGCUCAAGUUCUCAGCUGAAGUACGAGCUCGAGACCACAACGGUUGCUCUGCACUCCACUAUGCCGCUAACCUCAGCAGCCAUCUGAUGGAAGAGAUCAUUCCAGUUCUGAUCGAGGCUCUGAGUCACACAGAAGUUGACCCCAAGUCCUCUUCAACAUUUGAGAAAUAUAGUUUCCAAGAUGCUCACCAUGCAUAUUCAGACCCAGAGCAGAUGGAUCAUCAAACUAGAAGCUCUCAACACAGUGACCACUCUCAAAGCCAUAUCAAGACAUUUCUACAGACACCAGGAAGUUCUCCUCAGUUUAAUAAAAAAGAUUUCAGCCAAGCUCACAAGGGGAUUCCCACCUGUUCUCAAAACACCAUGGAAACUCUGAAACACAUCGGGCGAGCCAAUCAGGAUGUGAGGAGGGGAAACAGAGGUUUGUGCCUACCCAGCCUGUCCAACACCAACAGACAGUGUGAUCAUACAGAAACCUUUCUGUCAUCUGGCUUUCUGAGUAGCAGGACCCCAUGUCAGCCUGUACCACCGAGACAAAGGCAGAGAACAAGAAGUGUGGUUGAAGCCUCCCCACCUUCCCACAGCCUGCUUCAUGUGUCAGAGUCAAGCCAGCUAAGCCAAUCAGCCCCCAGCAUCAUGGAACCACUUCUGUGCCCCACCAUGAUGCAAGCCAGAGUUCACAUUCAGACCCGACUGAGCUCUCAAAAUACUUUAAAUGAUCAAAAGGGUUCUGUGCCAGCUUUAUACUCUCGCACACCCAAGCUUUUGGUGCCGCUAGACGGCCGCCCAAGAGAUCCCAACGCUCUGCCAUCACUGAAACCUCAUGUUCCCCUGAAGCCCAUCAACCGGAGCCCACUUCGCACCAAAAGAAAGCUUAGAAAAGGGGGGCUGUCCUUGUGCAGUGUGUGGAAUGGUCUUUCUAACGCUGGCAGUGAGGAAAGUGGAUCCAGCAGUAGCAGCAGCCAGAGUUCAAUCAACUUGGAAAAUGAGGAUAAUGAUGGACAAAUCCAAGAAGAAACAGCUAACAGGGAAGAAAAUCUGAAGUUUGUUAAAGACGAAGAGUUGCAGCAAUCAGACGGUAGAAAUCUAUCAGAGGCAGAAUUGUCUGGGAAUACAAUGUUCCAUCCUAACAUUAAAGGAAGAAUAUGUUCAAUGGUUAACAGAUCACAACAUGAUGGAGAAAGAGAUUACCUCCAUAGUACUAAACAUGUAAGAAUAGAAAACGCUGAGAGUGAAGCAAACACAACAAACCAUCCAAAGGAGGCACUUAAUUCUAAGAAAGAAGAAACUUUAAGUCUGGGAGAAUUUGAGUGUAAUAAACAAUCUGAAGGAUCUUUUCUUACUGAAGACAAAAGGGAUAUGAGCUGCAUGGCUGAAUACAAGACAGCGGUAAGCAAAGAAAUUACAUACAAUGAAAGAGAUCUUCAACAUGACCCACGUGGCUGUUCUGAAGAAAAUAAUGGAAAUGAACAGAUAAAAUCAGAUCACAACGAGCCAAUGAGAAAUGAUUUAUUUGAUCAGGAAGCAAAGGCAGCAAAAAGAAGAGCUUGCAGUGCAGCAACUGCUGUGGAGAAAACCGGCUUCUUUCCUGUGGAUCCAAAGGAAUAUGAGAUGAUGUUCAAAGCCCGGAAUAAGGAGAGUAAAACGAGGAUGAACUGUCACCUAAAGGCAAAUAAUUCUAAUAUUCAUUCCCCCUACAAAGAUCCAAGUAUGUCUGGUGGAAACCCCUCCAUAGUGACCCAAAAAUACUCUCCACUCUCCACAGAAGUUAAAGUCAAAAGCAAGAAAAUCCCUGACAUUAGCAGAGAACCCCCCUUGGCCAAAGCUAAGUUAAAUUUUAAAGUGGAUAAUGCUGCUUGUCUUAAUUCUGGUACACAAACCCUUCAUAAUGUUGGUGAUUUUCCACACAACUACAAAACACAUCAGCAGACAUCAGUUAGAGAACUAAAAAAGACACAGCAGUUCAAGAAACCAUGCUUGGGUGGAGAAAACACAAGAUCUAAAUCUGCUGUGGACCUCAUUACUUACAGAGACAUGUUUCAGCAAAUACAGAGCGGCGAGGAAGGACCAGCCAUGUAUGAGAUGUUUGCUGGGCCAUUUUUUGAAAAUCUUCGAGUCUCCAGCUCUUGUGAAAAACUUAAAGAGAGACAACUACAGUCCAUGCCAAGUAGAAACACAAAACAAAGCCACAAAGCCAAACACAAACCGACACAGAAAAAGCCCAAGACAAACUCGGUGGAGAGCACAGCUGCUUUGAUUAAGAUCAGAGCAAAACCGAGAUCUGCUCAAAUGACACCUCGUUCCACCAAUGACAGCUGCAGAGCACAAAGUAACCCUAAAGUUGAGAAAGCAACUCCUCAAGAGUUUUCUCAUAAACCGUUCAUGGGUGAAUCUGAAAACCCCAUUUUAUCAACCAUAGUAGAAACUCUUUCUAAAGAUGGAUCUGAAACAUUGUCACCAGGCAACAAGAAUCCUACUGGACCACCAACUCCCCUUUAUGGUGUUGAUUCCAGACUCAUGGAAAACCACACAACUUCCUCAGUGACAUCAAUGGCAAACUUAGCUAAACAAGAUCCAGAGUUGAAUCGAUCUCUGAGCCCUCAGCAGGCAAAGAUGGACCCUUCAACAUCUUCAGGCAGUAGCUGCCACACCCUCAUGUCACCGGUUUAUAAGAAAUUUCUGGAAGAGGUUGGGGAGGGUCCACUGACUGAUGACCUGCUGCAAUGUCUGGCAGAGGAGCUGAUCUCUUUGGAUGAGAGGGAUGUUCCUACGGCUCACGAAAACUCAGAACCGGGAAAAUCCGUUUUCCAUGUGGAAGAAGAGCUUUUAUCGGGACAAAAGACAUUCCCUGAGGUUGCUUCAGCUGACAGUAACUCUUACCUCGGCUCAGAGCUGGUUGCCAACGACACCAUAACAUGGGCUAAGGGUGAAGUACUUGGGAAGGGAGCAUAUGGGACAGUUUACUGUGGUCUGACCAGUCAGGGCCAGCUGAUCGCCGUAAAGCAGGUUUGUCUGGAUUUGUCUGACCCUAAUGCUGCAAAUAAGGAGUACAAUCGUCUUCAGGGGGAGGUGGAGUUACUUAAAACCCUUCGACACAGCAAUAUUGUUGGCUUUCUGGGGACAUCCCUUUACCAGCAUGUGGUUUCCAUCUUCAUGGAGUACAUCCCUGGCGGAUCGAUUGCUAGCGUACUUCACAGAUUUGGUCCUCUGCCAGAGAGAGUGUUGGCAUUGUACACCCAUCAGAUCCUUGAAGGCGUGGCGUUCCUUCAUCAGAACAGAGUGAUUCAUCGGGACUUAAAAGGAAACAAUGUCAUGCUGAUGCCAACUGGUGUCAUCAAGCUCAUAGACUUUGGCUGUGCACGACGCCUCAGCUGCUUAAACCAGACAGCCCCAAGCAGCGGGGAGCUGCUGAAGUCCAUCCAUGGCACGCCUUAUUGGAUGGCACCAGAGGUUAUCAAUGAGUCAGGAUAUGGCAGGAAGUCAGAUAUUUGGAGUGUUGGUUGCACAGUGUUUGAAAUGGCCACAGGUAAACCACCACUCGCACACAUGGAUAAAAUGGCUGCCUUGUUCUACAUCGGGGCCAGAAGAGGCUUAAUGCCAUCACUGCCAGACGGCUUCUCAGAGAAUGCAAAGGACUUUGUUCAAAUCUGCCUGACAAGAGACCAGAGCCUACGGCCAUCAGCUGCCCAGCUGCUGAGGCAUUCCUUCAUUCCUAAAAGGCAGACUAAUAUAAAAUACUGUGAGACACAAAAAAACAACUGUUCUCAUGGUCAUCGUGUUCCGCCUUAUCAGGAUCCGUGUCAUGGGUGUGUUUUCAGCAGAGAUGUCCCAAAUCCUAACUCCAAGGAACCCUCCUCCAGCAGAACUCCAUUGGAUUCUAAGACAAUCCAAGAGGCAUAAUGCCUGCUCUGGAUCCCAGGGCUUCUCCCAGUGGGACGUGCUUUCAGCCCCUCAUAAGGGAGGUGUCAAGAAGAAAACAAUGACCAGCUGACCCCUCUUGAUGUGGAGAAGAAGCAGCUCUACUCCAAGCCCCUCGCAGAUGGAGAUGCUUAUCCCCUGAUCUCCUCACAUUUCCAGGCUGCCUUGCAGAGAAAACUGAUUUGAGCUGCUUGUAUCCAAAGUUGCUGUGGUCCAAAUUUUUGUAUUUAAUGUAGAAUAACUGGUGUUCUUAA